CUUGAUGCUGAUUCGUUUUACCUCGAAUUCCAAUUCCAACGCGACCUCUCCCGUCUCGCCUCAUCCUCUGAACUGAGCUCGGCCGGUCGAAAAUGCCGAACUCGGCACUGCAAGUGGGAGCCCCAGACGAAGACGAUCACGAUCCGAUCCCGAACCAGACCGAGCAGACCCAAGAAUGGGAAGUCAUGGCGAGAGCUUGGCUUCGAGCCUUCCCAGAAGCGAAGGAAGUGACCGCCACGGAAGUCGAGGCUUGGAUCGACGUGAACCAUGUGUCCCUACCAUCGGAGCUCAAGUCCAUGGAGAGAUCUGAGCUCAUCGAGCGCCUCCUCUCCAUUCAAAACAUCCUCCGAUUGCCAGCUCAAAUCCAUGGAGAGGAAAAGGAAACAAAGGAAACGCGUCAUAUGAAUUAUCCACCUGCUCGGUUUCAACGUACUGAUCAAUGGAUACCGGUUUAUUCCUGGUUGGAAUCACUGGACCAAGAUGACGUAGUUAAAUCCAAUGAUAUAUCUGACUGGCUAACUGACAACCCAGAGAUCAGAGAACAACUUUGCUCCAAACAUUCUCGAUAUCAUUUGACGCACUACAUCAAAAAAUGCCAUAUGAAGAUACUAAAGAGACGGGAAAAACAGAAGCUGGUUCCUCAAGCUCCUUCUGUUAAUGCUAGCAAAGACAUGGUUCAUAAGCAAGCGAUGCAACUUCCAUCUAAUCCUUUGAACAACAUACCAAGAGAUAGUGAUCUUUACGUGGCAAAACAAAAUGAAGCAUUUCAGAAGUAUGAAAUUUUGGUCGCACUGGAAAAGCAAUUGUCAGCCCUCUUUCCGAAGCCUCAAGUCAUAAACAAGUGAACCGCGUAGUGCUUGAGUCACUUUGUAUAUGCACAGAAGUGGAACAACAAGAGUUUUAUCUUUUGGACAUGGUGUCUUCACAAAUAAUAUAUCUCUCCUUUUAGUUUGUGGCGCAAUGACUAAUUUUGUUUUCGCAAAGCUUUGCUACCUGUACAGAAGAAUGGUUAGCUGCUGA